AUGGCUACGCGACACGCCGACAUGAGCAAUCCACCACCCCAUCCCCCACAGACCAUGGUUCUGGAGCUCCACGUCUGGGGCCCGGCUUUCGGCCUUCCGUCAAUUGAUGCCGAGUGCAUCGCCGCCCUUGCCUAUGCCAAGCUGACCCUGCGCGAGGGCAGCUGGGUGGUCGUCGCAUCGCACGAUGUCUCCAAGAGCCCGAACACCGACUUCCCGGCUCUGCGCAAUGGUCCGACCUGGGUCGCCGGCUUCAAACCCAUCGUGCACUAUCUGCAAAGGCACAGUGCCUCCGAACACGACCCUGACGGCCACCUGACCGAACGCGAGCGCGCAGACACAAUUGCUUACACGUCCUUUCUCCGCGCCAAUGCGCUGCCGCUGCUCGAUCUCAACCUCUAUACUUCCGCCGCAAACUAUUACCAAGCUACCACCCCUGCCUACACCGCGUUGCUCCCAUGGCACUUGAACUACACCAUACCGCCUGCGCGCCGCGAAGCAGCUCGCGCGCGAACACAAAGCCUGGGCUUGAGCGCGUUGGACAUUGAUACUGUCGACGACAGCCCGACCGAAGAUAGCUUCUCUGCCAACAAGAAGAAUGCGGGAAUCAACGACGACCGGGGUCCGGCGCCAUACAGGAAGAGCCUCCUGCCCUUCGGACGGGGGAGCGGUCUCAAGGCACUGCUCAGCCAGCCCGAGUACGCCGCGCGCUUCAAGCUUGACGCGCUGGCCAACGACUGCCUGGCGCCGCUCGACGCGCUUCUGGGCGACAACGAGGAGGAGAAACCGCUGCUGCUGCACCCCACAUACCCCACGACACUCGACUGCCUGACAUUCGGCUACCUGUCGCUCAUGCUGUACCCGGACCUGCCCUCGGGCUGGCUCGCCGACACGCUGCGCUCGCGCUUCCCGCGCCUCGCAGCCUACACGGCCCGCAUGCGCGCGCUGACGGUCGGCUCCGUCGACGCGAAGCCGUCGGACCUGAUGGCGCUCAACGACCUGCGCGGCAGCAACCCGGAGCUCAUCGCCAAGGGCCGCCGGGAGCUGCGCCUGGUGCUGCCGUGGGCGCUGGCGCCGCAGCCCUCGCUCGCCGGCACCGCCGCCGACGUCGCGUGGUCCGUCGCGACGAAGCUGCCGCUCAUCAAGCGCGCGCUACUGCCCGACCCCGUCGUCCCGCCCGCGGGCAAGCCCCGCUACGUGCCCGACGAGUCGUUGCUGAACUCGUUGGCGGCGCUGGCGGGCGCCGCGGCGGCGGCCCUGCUCGGCGCGGCGUAUUACGUGCAGCAGAACCCGAAUCCCGGCGACGUUAUCUUCAGGAACGAGGAUGCGGCGUCGCCGUGGGGCGGCGGGUUUGGGGAUUUUGGCACUUCGGGCUCGGCACUGGCGGCGCUGGGCCAUCAGUUGGACCUGGAGGCACAGUGGAAGAGAGAGAUGGAGCUGGAGAGGGAAAAGUCGAGCGGGAGUUCGAAUGUGGAGGUUGAUGUUGGUGUAAGCGCACAGGAGGGUAAAGGCGGUAUUGGAGUGAAGGGUGAGACGCAUGUGCUUUGA